UCCUUCCCCUGGGAAGGACCCAAGGAGGAAGAGAGGGAGAGAGCGAGAUGGCGAGCGCGCUUCGACGACGCGUCUCGUCUCAAUUUGUUCCUGCGUAUCGGUUGUGGUAUAGAUCCUUCUCAGCCGACUCUUUGGUGGAGUUCAAGCCCGGCGAGGUUGGGAUCGUUUCCGGCAUUCCUGAAGAGCAUCUCCGGAGAAGGGUUGUCAUUUAUUCACCUGCUCGCACUGCCACUCAGCAAGGUUCAGGAAAAGUUGGAAGGUGGAAAAUCAACUUCUUGUCAACGCAAAAGUGGGAGAAUCCUUUGAUGGGAUGGACAUCUACUGGAGAUCCAUAUGCCAACGUUGGGGAUGCAGGAUUUAGUUUCGAUAGUGAAGAAGCUGCUAAAGCAUUUGCUGAGAGACAUGGCUGGGAUUACACGGUAAAGAAGCGCCACACACCGGUUUUGAAGGUGAAGUCUUACGCAGACAACUUCAAGUGGAAAGGACCGGCCAACCCUGAGGACUGAGUGGAGACUUUUAGGUCUUCCGUUUCUGUUGAAUUCAUGAACGUAUUUCAUUUUCUUAUUUGCUGUUUUGUUCUCGUCAUAUUUCUAGUUCUCACUUAGUAUGGCGAACAAGCGAGCUUUCAAAGAACUGGCUGAAUGGAAUAAAAACGUGUUUUAUA